UGACGUUUGUGAUGAAAGUGAAAAAGUUAAAAAUUUUAUAAAUUGUUUCAGUCACAUUGUAAUUUAAAUUGCCGCAUUGAUUACUCGUGUUACGUGUUGAAAACUCAACUUGCGAAACUAAGAUAUACAAUUUAUUUGGAAUAUAUAAACAAAACAAUUUAUAAAAAUGCAUAACAUCAAAAACGGGGACAAUGUACUAAUCCUUUGGAACAACAAUGACCCAAAUGAUUUAAGUAAUUUGGUCAAUGAAAUUCAAAGUUCUAAUGCUUCUGUUGUUCUCGAAAACUCUAGCGUGAUUAGUGAAGAUUCGAGGGCACUCUCAUCAUUUGAUGUGAUAAUAUCAAACUGGCUACCUCCUUACACAAUGCAGCAUAGUGGUAGUUUACUCGCUUUAUUAAUUAAGCUAUUAAAACCCAGUGGUAAAGUUAUUUUAAAAGACACCUUAGAUAUUAGUUCAGAGCUCAAACUAAAUGGAUUUUUGAAUGUCACAAAAUCAGAGGAGAAUGUAUUCACUGCAGAAAAACCCAAAUUUGAGGUUGGUGCAAAGGUAUUCUUAAAAUUAAAUAAUAAAAGUAAGCCAGCUGUAUGGAAAUUAGAAGACACAGUUGAAGAUGCUUGGGCAGCAAACACCAAUGAUGAUGAGAUAAUAGACUCAGAUGUUUUGCUGGAUGAAGAUGAUCUAAAAAAGCCAGACCAACAGUCUUUACGAGUUUGUGCAACGACAGGGAAACGAAAGGCGUGCGCCGACUGUUCCUGUGGCUUGGCUGAAGAGUUGCGCGGGGAGACCAAGGAAACACCUAAAUCCUCAUGUGGCAGUUGUUACCUGGGUGACGCAUUCCGUUGUGCAACCUGCCCCUACCUCGGGAUGCCAGCCUUCAAACCGGGCGAAAAGGUUAUGUUGGAUCUCAAAUCAGAUAUAUAAACUAUUGCGUAACUUAAAUGCUAAAUACAGUUGGUAUUAGACCCCUUACAUAUGAAAUUAGCAUUAUAUCGAACUGGCAACUUUCGUCUCAAAUAUCUUAUUCUUAAUUGAUAUUGAAGAUGUUAUGUUUUUUUUUAUAAAAGGUAGAGUCCAGAGCUGUUAAGUAAAUAAAAACAAUUAAAAAAAACAAAAUUGUUAUUUCACCUAGUGAUCAAAACUGCGCUUUCUGGUCGCCAAAGUCGUGUUCAUGUUCUUUUCUUUUACGGAUAAAAUCAACAAACGAUAGCCUGCGAUGUCAAUUUCAUAUGUAAGAAUUGAUUAUUUCAUGUUGUGAUUCCUUAUAUUAAUAAAUUAAUUGACAUUUGUAA